CUUUACUCGGUGCGGCUCUGCAUCUCCCACCGUAAACCCGCGCAAGGGCAGCAGAACAAGGAUCGCACCUGUCCUCAUAUUACUCCGAACUACUCCUGCCUGAAUGACAGAGAUUGAUAGGGCUGUAGAGGCGCUCAAAGCUGCAGUCAAACAAAACGGAAUCGACAAGCGCGUCGGCGACGUUGCCAGCCAGUUUACUUCCUACCUUAUUCUUUUGAAAUCGUCGUCUCCUUCCUCACAAUCAAUAUCAAAACUUCGUUCCAUCCUCCGCCGACCUUUAGUUCCCUUGUAUGCUGCCGUUCCCGGACCUGCACUCCAGCUUUCCUCUGCUGUCCUUCGCAAAGUAGUCGAUGAAAAACUAAGAAACGCUCUGAAUUCUCAAAAUAUUCAACUAAGCACCUGGUGGAAUGACAUUGCGGUUGCGGUUUUAUCAGGUGUCCUGGAUUAUCUUGAUAAAUGCAGUGAUGAUAUGACCAAGGAAACCGUUGCACUAGCUUUUUAUCCGACUAUAUGCACACUUUUCUUUUACCAGGAUGCCUCCUUGAUACUUUUACCACGAACACAAAGAACGGCAUAUUCUCUGUUACACGAGACACUUAGCGGACAUCCAGGCAAUCAACGCAGACUGCGCGAUCAUGCUGUUCUUGGAGGGUCGCUUAUCGGUAUCGCAAUCUCACAGUCCAAGGACUACCUUGUAAUCGAGGCCCUUCUGGAUAUAGUGGGAUGGUUGAUUCCAAUAACGAACCAAACCGAGAAAGGGACAGUGAAACGGACAGAGUUCAUCAACGACCUUUUUGGUUCCAAGAAGCAUUUCAGCUGCAGUUCUGAACUAGUCAAUCUCCUUCAAUACAUCAGCAGCUCGCACUGGGAGGAUACGGUAAUGAAGAUCAUGGACGCUUUGGCCAGGAGCGACAUCAUGUUCCCUCAAUCAUUUGCCUUGGACGAGGUCGAUGUAUGCGGCAAACUUUAUCCUCAACCGACUGCAUUUGACCGCUUGCACCUGGAUAGAGAAUUUUUCCUUGUCAACAUUGUUCAGCAGGAUGAUGUCUGCGACAGCUUAAAGAUCUCCUAUGAUCAUAUCCAUUCUGUCACGAUCGACGUGUCCAAGGUGCCACCGCACAGCAAAGUCAUUGUUCAUGUCGAUUUAAAAACUUCACCGAGUAUUGGAGACGUAUCGUUGGACAUCCCGGCAGGUCAGAAGCUGUACUUGAAAUUCGAAAUUCAACGGGAGGAUUUGAGCAGGCUCAUGGAGGCUUUACGGAGGCGCGGUAUAGUCAAGCUUAAUUUCUUAGGUGAAAAUCCUCCAAAACAAGGUAACAAGCGACGAAGCGUUGGUCUCGCACAUGGCAUCAGACUUUCGGGCGACUCUUCACCACCACCACAGGGGUCACAGUAUGAGGAUAAAGUCAAACAUGUUGAAAAUGUGUACGAAACCAACUUCCUGGAUGAUGCACGAUCCAACACCGCCCAUUUCGAGCAAGAAUCCACGUCGCAGGCGCCACCCCGAAUGCCGGUCAAAGAGCCUGAGGUUCAGGAGUCUAAAAAUGAUGCUAGCGUCGAACGUGCCCCAAAGACUGUCGCAAAACCUCGGCCUGUAUCCAAGUCCGCGAAAAAAGUAGUUGUACCUCUUCCGGUUACUCCGCCUCGCAAAAGUCCUGCAAAAGACGACCCUCCUAGUGCAAUACACGUCUCAGUGUUUGGCGAAAGCGAUGACGAGCUCUCCGAAAUAUCCGAUGACGAACUCCCCAAACCUGUCGCAGACGUUCAUCACAUAGUCCAUCCGGCACAAAUUGUCAAAGCCGAACCAAAUCUCAGUCUUAGCGCCAAAAGCAACAGCUUUCAACCAGCACCUCCGACCAAACGCAUCGCCAAGCGAAGGCUGAUCGUGGAUUCCGACGAAGACGAGAUACGAGCCACGCCCAAGGCCGCUCAGAUGACAACGAUACCCGCCAAGCCAGAUAUUAACGUAGAGACAGUUAGCAAGACACGCCGCAUCGAUGACAGGCAUUCCUCCACCCUGCGGUCUUCUAGCACUAUCGCCACAAAUCAUCCAGAAAACAUUCCGCUGGAAGUCAAGAGGCCGUGUACGCCAUCCAGCAACGAGGCCAGUCACCCAGGAGCAAUCGAUGAUAUCGCCAGAAAACAUUUCGAUCACGAUGCUUUCUUGAAGGAUGCUUCUGCUUAUGUUCAAGUGCCGCCAUGUAAGACCAUACCCGACGCGGAGCUGACUCACGGAAUCAUAUCCACUUCUCCUAUGAAGAAGAAUCUGGUAACAGGCAAAAGAACUGCGAGGCGUAUUGCCCCUUCGAAACCCGCAGAUGUUGCCAAUAUACCAGCGAAGCUGGCUGGCACUCGACGCAAAUGGGAUGACGCAAAUUCCCCCACGGAAGCACUCAAGGUUCCAGAGGACAGCCAUCUGCCUAAGAAGAAGGCCCGUAACACUACUAGUGGCAACAUUUCUAUCAAGCGUGCAGCAAGUAUACUUCCAGACCCUUUCGAACCAUCAGCGAUAUCGAUAAAUGUUGCGAAGGCUCCUAGAAAGUACGGAAAGAAAGGGAAAACGCUGUCACCUAUUCUGCCGGAAAACGUAGAUUUUGAUGAAGUUCCUGGAGCAGCUUUGAAAAAGAAGACGAAUGCGCGAGCUAAGGCAGUCAGGGCCUCGAAACCGGCCCAGAAGAAGGUUCCAACCCCGAUUUCUGGGAGAGAAACCCGCACGAGCGUUAUGCGACGUAGGAACGAGAAGCCGCCUGAGUUCGAGUCGUCCAAAGAGAUCAACCGGAAACUCCAGCCUCCAGAAACUAACACCGGGAUACUCGCUGCAUUGGAACCAGUUGAUCAAAUUACGAAAGUGGAACCCUUCUGCAACGAUGCAACUAGCGGUUCCACUGUGUUCCUUAAACCGGAAUCGGCAUUAAGAGAGCAAGCCAAUAAGAUGGACAUGGAACAAUUGGGCUCGAGCACCAAGACCAAGACUGGAAACAGCAAUGCAGUGAUAACCGAAACGAAGCCAUCACCUACAAAGCGUGCUCGUACUCCCAAACCGAAGAAGGCGCCUUGGGAGGACCCGGUAUUCAUUGCGCAACAUGCACCAGCCGACGAAGUAAAAUCUUUGGGUGUCAGUCCCACAGGCGAGGAUCCAAUAGAGCCAAUUCAGGAUAUCGUAUCGGGAGAGGUGGAUGAAGCGCUCUUCGGCGAUUUUAUUGACUACUCAGUAUCAUUGAAAGGAAGCGAGGAUCCUAUUCUUCCUGCUUCCUCGGAUAUCCCUCCCUUACAGUCGACCCCACUUAAACCCCCUAUCUGUAUCGACCUCACACUAGACUCGACUCCAGUGAAAAAUUACUGCGACUCAGCAAAGGACCGUGGUGUGGCCAAGGAUGUCGGAAUGCUCCCGAGUAAAGGCCCAGAUCCUGUAGAGAGCUUUGAGACGUCUGCUGCAGUUCCAGUUGCCUUACACGUCACCGGACGUCAAGAUAGCCAUGGGACAUGUAUCGGGGUCUCAAAGUCUUCCACCGAUGUUACCACCGAUGUCAUCAUGUCCCAGGAUCCUUCCCUCCUGCCUAUUCUCUCUCGUAACAAAGAGCGACGAGAGCGGCUUUCAGCAUCGAAUAUUUCCCCCACCUGCGUCAGAACAAACGAUGCCGAAGAUCCUUUGGCUGAGCCUUGUGAUGUGAUGCCCUCACCUUCCGUUCUGGUUCGUCGGAGGCAAUCGGUGGUUUCGUUUGCAUCACCACUGGUGACCCGGCCUAAUUCCGAUGAUGCUAGUCGAGACCCCCACGAUGGCAUACUUGAAGUCUAGUAUUCGAUCUAACAACCAUGGUGCAUUUGGAAACGGUAUCUCCGAAACCAACACCCGCCCGCCGAAGGGACCGGUUUUAGACCGUGUCGUCUCACUUGUUUCUGAUGACGAGUUUGAAUCAUCUUAUGCUGCGCGGAAGCCAUCUUCCAAUCGGGUACGAUUUGAAAAUGACGGGUUGCCGUAU